AGAUUCUUAUAAAUAUUCUUUAUCGAAUUUGUUUUUGGCAGUUUAGUUCAAGCACUCAUAUGUUGUGUAGUGUCCGAACUUACGAUGGUUUACUCGAUUUACAGCAUCUGUGCAGUUUUGCUUAUAGUUUUCAGUGUUGAAGCUGCGAAAGAUUUACCUUCCUACUUCCCAAGAUGCUACAGGAAUGACCCAAAACUAAAUGAAUGCCUAUUGAAAGCUACGGAAACUGUGAAACCCUUCCUUAUCAAAGGAGUUCCUGAACUGAACGUCCCUUCUAUAGAACCGCUGAUAAUUCCUGAGAUAGAACUGCAGCAAGGAACACAGGCUUUGAAUUUCAAAGCUUCGUUGAAAAAUGUCACCGUACAUGGUCUGUCCAGCUACAAAUUGGACAAAUUCGAUUUCGAUGUACCAAAUCUACAAUUCUUUUGCGGUGGAUGGGUAGAGAAACUCGACCUUGAAGGAAAAUACAAAGUCAGCGGGAAGAUUUUGAUUGCUCCCAUCGAGGGUGAAGGCACUUUUACUGCAACCGUUGGUAAAUCCAGAAUGGACGUCUAUCAAAAAGUGAAAGAAGUGACUAAAAAAGGAUUAGUUUAUAUUUCUCCUGUGCAUACAAACAGCUCCAUAAGUGUUGGAAAUCCAAAGGCCCAUUUGGACGGACUCUUCCAAAAUAAUGAACAAUUAAAUAAGGCUACCAACGAUGUCAUCAGUGAUAACAUCGAUAUUCUUUUCGAGGAGAUCAAGCCAGUGUUGGAAAAAGUAAUAACAAAUUUCAUGGAGGACAUACUCUUGUCUGCAUUGGAAGGACAAGUACCCUUCGACAAAUUGUAUCCCAUCAAGAAAGAUUCGACUUUUUUGAAGAUAUGUCAUCGUUCAGAUCCAAAUUUGGGAGAAUGCAUUAUAGAAUCGGUGCAUAGAUUGAAACCACUUCUUGCUCAUGGUAUACCUGAGUUUGGCAUCCCUAGUUGUGAGCCUCUGUAUAUUCCAGAGGUAGUUUUGGAUCAGGGUUCAGGAGCCGUAUCUGUUAAUUCCAGCUACAAAGAUAUAAAGGUGUAUGGGCCUUCAGAGUUCACUCUGAAGCAAGUUAAAAUCAAUUUGGAUAGGGACCGUAUACGCUUGAAAUUGCACGUUCCUUCUCUUUACUUGGAGAGUAAAUAUACCAUGGAAGGAAGAAUACUGAUGAUGCCAAUUCUAGGUUCAGGAAACUUUUACGGGAACUACUCUGAUAUAGAGGCAAUAGUUAACAUAUUGGGUCAAAAAAUUGUUAAGGAUGGAGAAAUAUACUUCAACAUCAAAGAUUUUUACAUCGACUUCAAUAUUGGACAUGCGACUAUUCAGCUGGACAAUUUAUUCAAUGGAGAUGAAGAAUUAGGUGAAGCCAUGAACUUAUUUCUGAAUGACAACUGGAAAAACGUAGCCAACGAGAUAAAACCUGUUCUAGAAGAUACAAUUGCGAGCAUAUUCAAAAAAUUCUCGAACAAAAUAUAUCAUAAGUAUCCUCUAUCUGUGUUACUUCCCAAAUAGUUGUGAAAAAGAUUAAAAUGAAUUGAACCCAA